AUGGCACCCCGGAAGUCCUUGUUAGGACCGACGCUGAAGGCGUUGACCGUAAAAUACCAAGAGUUACAAGCAGCGCUCAAUGACAUCUUCAUAUUUGCUGAUAAAUUCAAGGCGGAAACAACCGCUUCCCAGGACCGCGAAACGUUGACUGAAGGCUACUACCGAGUAAAAUCCCUUCUACUGGACAAGCUGAAGGAACGACAGGAAGUUCCUUGUGAACCGACCCACAACGACACGAUUGUUGGGGGGACUGAUCACGCCCGUUUGCCUCAGAUCAAGCUUCCUAUGUUCAAAGGGAACAUCGACGAGUGGCUGAGUUUUCGUGACUUGUUCCUCUCACUCAUCCACUGGAAGUCUGACCUACCGGAUGUGGAAAAGUUCCACUACCUAAAGAAUUGUCUUGACGACAAGCCCAAGAGGAUCAUCAGUGGACUUUCAACCACGUCGGUCAACUACAAGCUGGCAUGGGAUCGUUUGCAGAGGUACUACAACAACCACAAGGUACUUAAGCAGCGACUGGUGCAAUCGUUGUUUACCCUUCCAACCCUCGCCGAGGAAUCUGCCACCGAUCUGCAUUCCCUCGUUGACGAGUUCGAGCGUGUUCUGAACACCCUCGAUCAGGUGGUCUCACCCGUUGACUACAAGGAUCUUCUGCUGGUGAAUUUACUCGUUACGCGUCUGGAUCCUGUUACGCGUCGCGCAUGGGAGGAAGUAUCUACGGCGAAAGAUUUGGUUAGAGAUUCGCUAGGUGAUUUUGCAGAUGAUUCAAGGGAGGAAUCUGCUAACGACACGACGAAAGACACGUUGAAGGACUUGUGCGAUUUCCUAAACCGACGUAUUCGAGUUCUGGAGAGCUUGCCACCGAAAACUGUGAACAGUCGGGCUGUUCAACACCAACAACAACAGUACGUUCCCAAAUCCAAGGCAAAGAAGGUUAGCUACAUGUUCUGCAUUCCAACGGUUGGCGGUGUCGGAGAGGGACGCAUUACUCAAGACGCAUUCCCUCUGUCGCAACUGCUUCAGAACUGGUCACCAAGCCAAAACUGCACGUCCAAGUACAGUUGCAGGAACUGUAAGGGUCGGCACCAUACUUUGGUAUGCUUUCAACAACAACCGGAAAGGGACAACGCGGUGACGGCACUCGCGGUUGCAGGGAGCAACAACCCUUCCAACUCCAAGGAAACCCAAGGUCCGACAACAUCCCACGUGGCAAACAUGGCAGCCACGAACCCAUCCGUAUCAGGCGCAGCAACCCAAGCUGCAUCCCAAGUGCUGUUGGCUACAGCAGUGGUCAUUGUCGAGGACGAUGAUGGCAAUCGGUACCCUGCUCGCGCACUCCUCGACUCGGGGUCGGAGAGUAACUUCAUAUCAGAGCGACUGGCGCAGCUGAUGAAGGUCACGCGAGAAAAGGUGGACAUUUCCGUGCUAGGAAUCGGUCAAUCUGGCACAAGGGUUAAGCACAAGAUUCACGCAACGGUUACGGUCAAUCUGCCAACAACAACAAUCGCAACAAAUGGAUGGUCGAUUCCGGACGGAAUUGAAUUGGCAGAUCCAGCAUUCUUCCAGUCCAAGAAGGUGGACAUCGUCCUUGGCAUUGAAUGCUUUUUCGAGUUCUUUGAAACCGGUCGAAGAAUUUCCCUGGGAGACAAUCUACCAGCGCUGAACGAGUCGGUGUUCGGCUGGGUGGUAUCCGGUGGUCUCUCGGUUCCAUGCAACUCCACGCAGGUGAAGUGCAACGUGUCAACCUCAGAGAAGAUGGAAACUCUGAUGGCACGGUUCUGGUCGGCUGAAGACGUCAGUUUGGACGACGCAUUCUCUCCCGCUGAAAGACGCUGCGAAGAGAACUUCCAACACACGGUUCAACGGUUAUCCGACGGUCGGUAUUCCGUCUCCAUGCCCAAGGUCGAAGGUGGAAUCUCCAGGUUGGGCGAAUCCAAGGAAAUUGCGUUGCGACGGCUGCACGCAACCGAGCGCAGACUGGCAAGGGACGCCAAUUUGCAGAAACAGUAUACAGAUUUCAUGGACGAAUAUCUGGAACUGGGUCACAUGUCCAAGGUCGAAGAAACAACUCCAACCCAGGUCAACCGGUGUUUUCUACCGCACCAUCCGGUGGUCAAGGAGGCCAGUACCACCACCAAAUGCAGAGUUGUUUUCGACGCUUCUUGCAAAACAUCUUCUGGAGUCGCGCUGAACGAUGUGUUGCUGGCAGGGCCGGUAAUCCAAGAAGAUUUGCGCUCUAUCAUUCUGCGGAGUCGGAUCAAGCCGGUUAUGCUUGUGUCUGACGUAGAGAAGAUGUUCCGUCAGAUCAUGGUACACCCAGAGGAAAGGCCAUUGCAAUCCAUUCUGUGGCGUUUUUCUCCGGACGAGGAAGUUGGCAUCUACGAGCUGAAAACCGUCACAUACGGCACCAAGCCCGCUCCAUUCCUCGCAACCAGAACGCUAAAACAACUAGCGACGGAUGAUGGACCUCGAUUUCCGCUUGCUGCACGGGCAGUCAACCAAGACACCUACAUGGAUGACGUCAUCACUGGAGCUGAAGACGUCCAAUCAGCAAUCGAACUUCGGAAGCAGCUAGACGAGAUGAUGCUACGAGGCGGUUUCAAGCUUAGGAAAUGGGCAUCAAAUCGACAGGAAGUGCUAGCUGGGAUUGCUGAGGAAAACCUAGCGAUUAGCAUGGAGGAAAUCAACCUUGACACGGAUCCUGGAGUGAAAACUCUUGGUCUCACAUGGAUGCCGAAAACGGACACGCUAAAGUUCCAGUUCAACAUUCCCGAUUUGGACAAAGUGCCUGAGCUCACCAAACGCUUCAUUUUGUCAACAAUUGCCCUUCUUUUUGAUCCUCUUGGACUGCUAGGACCGGUCAUCGUAACAGCCAAGAUUUUCAUGCAAUCUCUGUGGACGUUGCUGAACCCGAACGGAGAACGUUUGGAUUGGGAUGAGGCGGUACCUGAAAUGGUGGGUGAGGUCUGGAGGAGAUUUCAUUCACAGCUCGCUUUGCUCAAUGAACUUCGCAUCACUCGUUGCGUCAUCUGCCCUGAAGUGUUCAAGAUGGAAUUGCACUUCUUUUCUGACGCAUCUGAGAAGGCCUUUGGAAGCGGUGCGUAUUUGAAAAGCGAAGAUCCAAAGGGCAGGAUAUUCGUGAACUUGCUCACAUCCAAAACCAAGGUGGCACCGUUGAAGAGCCAAGCGAUGCCAAGAUUGGAACUUCGCGGUGGCGUUUUGUCUGCUGAACUCUACGUGCAAAUACUGCAAUCGCUGAAGAUCAAAAUUCCAACCUUUUUCUGGGUCGACGCCAUGUGCGUGUUGUACUGGCUACAAUCACCACCAUCAACAUGGGUCACAUUCGUCGCCAACAGGGUGGCCAAGAUUCAAGCUCUCACGGAAGGCUGUGUCUGGGGACACGUGCCUGGAGUUGAAAACCCCGCAGAUUUCCUGUCACGUGGAGUCAUGCCAGCAGAUCUCAUCGACUUGGUACCAUUCUGGAAGCCAGGCUGGGUGAAAAAGACGAAUGAGCAACGCCAACCACAACCGAAGAUCGUGACGACGGAAGAAGCAGAAGAAGAGCGAAGAAACACUGCGGCAUCGGUAGCUGCAGCAACUACGGCUGAGUUCAACGUUUGGUUCAUCUCUCACUUCUCUUCGUAUCCCGAUCUGGUCAGGCGUACGGCGUAUUGGCUACGCUUGAAGGAUCUACUUCGCAUGCCAAAGGAAAAGCGGUUCAAAUCGGACUUGUUGACGGUUGCGGAGCUGAAAGAAGCAGAGUUCGCAUUAAUAAGGCUCGUUCAGAAGCAAGCUUUCGCUGAUGAAUGGAACAAACUAACCAAGGGGAAACCAGUUGCGAAUAGUUCACCACUGCGGUGGUUCAACCCGUACAUUUCCGAUGAACAGCUCAUUCGAGAUCUCAACACGUUGCUGGUCCAGGUGGAAGGCUGCCUCAACUCUAGGCCGCUAACUCCGAUGUCCGAUGACCCUAAUGACCUGGAACCAUUAACACCGGCACAUUUUCUCGUGCAGUCAUCACUGCAAACAGUUCCCGAUGUAGAUUUGUCAGCAAUUCCGAUGAACCGGCUCGACAAAUUCCAGACGGUGCAGCGCAUGCUGCAAGAUUUCUGGACUCGAUGGCGGAGGGAGUAUUUGUGCCAGCUAGGGACGGGUCAAGCGCUGGAAGCCACCAAUACAGAUCGAGGCCGGUAA